UGCAACUUUUCCAGGGUCUCCACCCCAGAUGUGAGUUCAGCAUGGCUUCUACCAUCAGCAUCCAGCACUUCUCUCCAGCCGCUCAUGGGUAAUGCCUAUCUUAACCCACAUGCUGGCACAACCAUGCUGACAGUGCUAACAGAGCAGGGCCAGAUUUCCACCUCGGCACCCUCCUAUCCAGGUGCUCUCAAGUGGGAUUGCACUGGAAGCACUCAUGGGAGGGAAGAUGCACUCAAGGAAUUCAAUAUGAUGCUCAUUGACCAGGACACUACACUCUCCUCCCUGGCUGUGACAAACCAGUGUGAUAAAAUUUUAGAUCCCAAUGCCAUAGUUCCUUUUCAUCCAACACUGUCUGCCAGCUUUGUCCAAUUCACACCACAACAGAUGCCAAAUCAAGGAUACAGCCUGGCACCUUCCUACCAGGAAGGCAGCCAGUUCUAUUACUAUGAGCACAACAACCUGGGCCCUCUGAGAGCCGGAGAAUUUGGGCAGUGUUUGCAGGCCCAUGGCUCCGUGUCCUACCCUGGGAGUCAGACCUCUGCGCUCCAACCAGAGAUGGUGAUGGUGCUAAAGGAGAUUCAGCCAAGGAAUAUCCAAAUACCACUUUUUACCUCUGCCUUCUCCUAUUCCACAUCUGCUCAGUCCAUGCCAGACAACGGUCUUCCCGUGGCCACCUCGAGGCCUGUACCCUCCAGAGCAUCAUCUNACACAUCAUUCCAGAGAGAGCUUGUUUCUGCUGCCAGGAACAAGGUACCAUCACCUCCCAAACCUCAAACCCAAUAUCUGCUGCAUGACUUNAGCCGCCAACCCAUUCCAUGGAAGAAAGUCGACAUUCUGGGACCAGUUGUCUCACAACCCAUCACAAAAGAGCAGAGGCCAAAGAGGGAGGCCAUGAAGAGGCGAGCCCAACAAGAGCGUGAGAAUGCUGUCCAGAACCCCUCUACUGGGAAACUGCAGAUUUUCCUUCAGAGGGAGAGGGAUAUGGAAAUUUCUCAAUAUUAUGGCUAUGCAAUGUAA